AUGAAUAAGAAAUUGGAUACUUUACUGGGUACACUAAAUAGGAUAAAGGAUAUAGCAUUAAAAUUUAAGAAUCCAAACUUCAAUUCAUAUUUUUAUAAAAAGGCUGAAGAUGCUGCUGCAAUGCUUAAUCAAAAGCGUGAUUCCAUUUCUCAGCGGGAAAUAGAUAGUAUGAUGGAAGAAUAUAAUGAACUCGAAGAUGUGUUGAAUAGACAACAAUCCGUACAAAAUAUGUACUAUAGUAAUGAACCUAAAGUUGAAAAAUAA